AUGGCUCAAACCUUCACUCGCAUAACUAUUGCGAUUCUAAAUCUAUACCAAAUAAUCGACUUUAUACCGAAAACAGAAAAAGGCCGCGGGUUACUAGUUGCCUUCGCUCUAUGGCCGGUUUCAUCAUUCGUACAGCAUACUCCCCUAAGCCAGCAUAUAACUUCCUUGCCUGGCGUGAACUGGCCUGGAUCAUCUGACAACAUCUCAUAUCACCCAGUCGAACUACUCAUUCGCAGAGCUCAAGACGAUUUCAAACACCUUAUCGAUAAGCAAUCAAAGACGCUCGAAGCUGCUGAGACUGAGUAUCGUAGAAGAUAUUCACGGUCUCCACCUCCCGGGUUCGCCCAAUGGUUCGCGUAUGCAAAAUCUAAAAACUCGGUUCUCAUCGAUGAUUUUGACAUGAUCAACAAGGAUCUGAAGCCAUUUUGGAAGAUUGCCCCGCAACAGCUUCAUGAGAGCAUUAACCAUGUGUCAAGUUUCGAACAUCUUGCCCUGCGUAAAUGCGGCUUCACCGACGGACGCUUCCAUGGACAAGGCGGCGGCUGGAUUGUUGAAGAUCUUGGAAAACUUCUUCAAGAGGUCUCGCAGGGUAUUCCCAAUGUUGAAUUUGCUUUCGACGUGGUGGAUGAACCCAGGAUUAUCAUCACACAACAUAUGCUCGAUACUGGAGGCGUGUCAAAGCCCGAGUUCUAUGACGCCCAUCACUUAUCAAUAUGGGAGCGCACAACUAGCGCUUGUGCACAAACUAGCUCCCCUGGAAAACUUCACACCAUCCAUGACUAUGGACUAAAUUUAGUUCAAGAUUGGUAUCAGUCCAAGGAUGUUUGUUCCCACCCCGAAUUCAGUGUCAUGCAUGGUUUCUUCUCAUCACCAAUGACCUGUCUUCUCACAGAUGCCCCUGUUCCUGUCCUGUCUCAAGCUGCUCCAACAUCAUUCGGAGACAUAAUGUACCCUAGUCCCUGGUACACGGCAAAGAUGGACCAAGGAGAUUACAAGGACGAAGCCGACCCUCUCUGGGAACAGAAAGCUAGAAAUCUAUAUUGGGCGGGCAGUACGACUGGUAGCUAUAGCUGGAACGGCACCUGGCGUUAUUCUCACCGACAAAGAUUCGUUCAAUUGGUUCAGACACUUAAUCAAACCAACCACAUAUACCUUGAAGAGUUCAAGCCUGGACAGUGGGCCAGCUACGGAGCAGUCGAAGAUCACGGCGACUUAUUUGAUGUCAAACUCACUGCCAUCAUCCAAUGCGAUAAUCAAGACUGCGAAGAGCAGACAAAAGUCUUCACCCUUGGGGAGAAAGAGGAACGAAGUCGGCAGUUUCAUUCCCAAUUCGUAUUUGAUGUGGACGGCAACUCAUUCAGUGGGCGAUUUUACACUCUAUUGAGAUCGAGAAGUGUUGUACUCAAGCAAACCGCUCUACGUGAGUGGCACGAUGAACGUCUCAUUCCAUGGGUUCAUUUCAUCCCCAUCAGCCUAUCCAUGGACGAACUGCCGGAAGUCAUGCGUUAUAUGACCACUCACGAAGACGGAAAGAGAAGGGCAAAAGAGAUUGCCGAUGCAGGCCGUGAAUGGCACGGAAGAGUCCUGAGAAAGGAAGACUUCACGAUAUAUCUCUAUCGUCUCAUGCUGGAACUUGCGAGAAUUAUGGAUCCGAACCGACAGGUCGAACAUUGAAACGGUUAUCAACCCUCCUACUUG